AUGGAAGUAAAUACUGACAAUACUAAUAAUAAUGAUAUCAAUAAUAACCAAUCAUUGUCACCAUUAACUACAAGCUCACCAGACCAAGAAAAACCAAUUAAUAAAAAUCAAAGAAAAAAUGGUAAACCACCAAGUCAUAAAACUCUAGUUAAAAAAGAAAGAUUUCAAGAAAAUUUAGAAAGAAUUAAAAGUUUUGAGGAAAUUAGAAAAAGUAAAGAUAAAGAAAGCAACAAGAUGUUAUAUGCUGCAAUUAAUGAUGGUGUAAGAGAAAGAAAGCUAAACUAUUUAGUACAUGACAACAAAUGCACAACAUGUUGGUUAUUAAAUGUAAAUUGUAUUUGCCCACAAAUUAAAAACAAGAUUGAGUUAAAGCACGAAUAUAUAUUUUGUUUUCAUCCCAACGAAUGGACCAAAGCAAGUAAUACUGGAAAAGUUGUAUUAAUUUCAGAUAAAAGUAAUUUUGAAAAAUUAGAAGAGAAUCAACAACAACAAAAUAACUCAUUUGAAAAUACAAUUUAUAAUAAUGAAAAGUUAAAUAAUUGCGAAAAUGAUAAUAUCGGUACCAAUUCUAAAAUCUUUAUUAUUGGCGAAAGAAAUGAUGAAGAAUUAUUUUUCAAAAGAAUUGCAAAAUGCUCAAGAGAUUCAACUUUUGUUUUAUUUCCCUCGCAAAAUAGUGUAAAUAUUAAAGAUGUAUUAAAAUCAAAGUCAAUUAAUUUGGAUAAUAAAAAUGUAAAUAGUGAUCAAGUUUGUGGAAAUAACAACAAUUAUGAAAUAGAGGAAAAUGAAGAACAAACACAAGAACAGGAUGAAAGUUUAAACAACGAUAUUACAACCAUUACAGAAACUAUUAGAAAUAUUAAUUUUAGUAAAAAAGAUGAUGUCGAAAAAUUAGAAAAACUUACAAUUAUUAUUGCAGAUGGCACAUGGAGACAGGCUAAAUCUAUUAAUAAAAGAAUACCGGAAGAUAUUACCAGAAUCCAUUUAGAAUUUGGUGACUUGAAAUUUAAAUCAAUGUUUAAUUCAUUAAGAAGUCAACCUCAAGUUGAUAGAAUUUCAACACUUGAGGCUACUAUUAUUUCAAUGAAAUCAUUAGGUGAAUCAGACGAAGUUUGCGACAAGUUAGUAUCAUCACUACAACUUAUGAUUGAUACAUUGGUUAGACAAAGUUCAAAAACAGAAUUAGUUGCAAAAAAAAAAUGGGUUGGUGAUUCAAAUGUAAUAGUUAAAAAUAAAUAUAAUGAAAAUAUAGAUAGUAAUAAUAAUAAUGAUAAUAAUAACAAUAAUAAUAAUACCGAUAAACCAAUAAAUGAUGAAACUAAAUAA